UACUCUGUGCCUGUGACUCUUUGUACUCAAGUGGUUGGUCAAAACAAAAUCUUGGUCUGGAUUUCAACUCUCUAGGCCUGAACCACCCACCUCUGCUGAGGGGUAGUGGCCAUAAUAUUCAACUGUCCCAUUUCUGAGUGCUGAUGAGGAAUGCUGCCCCGGAGAGCUGCGUGAGAUACACCCAGCCGCCCCCCAACCCUCAUCGCGAUCCUGCUCUAUCAACCGGCUGCACCUCCUACAGUCGUCCUUCACUGUCUCACUCCCCCGAUUCAUGUUGAAUAGUCCGACCAAUGGGUUUUCUCAGCAAAAGGCACCUCGCAAAUGUUAUUUCAGCCAUUUGCCCUUAACAGGGACAAAUAAAAUAAUUGAUCGAAGAGGAAAACAGGGAAAAGCUAUUUAAAGCUUUUAAAUGAUAAAUCACCAAAGCCACGUGAGUGAAAUUACACGGAACGAUUUAUGGGGUGGGGGAGUGGAAUAACUGGAUGCUUAAAGGCUGCUGCUGCCAUCCGUCUGUCCUCCGAUCCCUUGAUGUGGUGUCAGGCUACAGUUUCUGACCAAAAAAUGAAGUGUGAUUCACUGAGAAGUUUGCAAAUAUGUAUAAAUAUGUAUAAUCCAUAGAGAUGCAAGCCGAUCCCAGCACAUACAGGCUGGCCGCGCGUCUCAUGUUGCCUUCUGCAAGACAGUCUUUUGGUACAAGCUUCCCCUGCGUCAGCAUGGCAUCACUGCAGGAGGAAUCUCAUCUGCGCAGUGCUUAAAUUCCAGCCUCCAAGAGCGUGUCCUAAACUAGAGGAUCCCCAAAGACCUUCAGAGGCAUCAUCGCGGCUUAAGGGAGUGUAAACAAGCAACAUUUCACUGAUUUUUACAGGAAAGUAUCAAGUGAAAGAAAAACCAGCAUGAGUCCUGCUGCAACAAUUAUUCACUGAAGUUGGAGGAGUGUAACAUCUCCAGCUCCCCUAAGACAAAUUCGGCCUCAGAAACUGGGGAACACGCUUUCUACCGUUCCCAAAGUGGACCGUAUGCGAUGGAACGCCUCGUUCGGCUGGCUCUGGCCUGUCUGCUCUUCUCCAAAGCUUGUCCACUUAGGUGCUAUGAUUGUGUCAGUGACAACCAAACAUUAUGCCAAGGAUAUAAAAUGUGCUUGUCUACAGUCUCUCGCUGUGGAAGUGCCGUUUUUGCUAAAGGAGGAGGUACGGUUCAGAGAGUCACACACACAAAGGGCUGUGUGGAACCUGAACAGUGUUCCUCUGGUUCUGUGAGCUUCGGUUCUGAAAGGGUUCUGUACCACACCGAGUGCUGCGACAGUGACCUCUGCAAUGACGGAAUGCUCAAUGUACCCACUGACAUGUCCCAGAAUGGAAAGAAGUGUUUCAGCUGCGAAAAGAAUAACUGCACACAUAUCAUUGACUGUUGGAGAAAUGAAAAUAUUUGCUUUACUGCUACAGUUUGGAUUAAUUUGACAAAAAGGGAGAAUUAUAGGGGAUGCGUAUCUGAAAACCUCUGCCCAGUUGAUGAGGACACCGUUCAGCUGAGCUCAUUGCUCGGUGCCAGGGUGAAAUGUUGCCAUGGUGAGCUGUGCAAUAGUGCCCGACGCACCGAGCGGCACGCCCCCCCCACCCUGCUGGCGUUGCUGGCCUCCAUUGCCCUCCUCCGCUGAAUCAGAACUGAACCCCUCUACUGUCACUCCCUACCAGUCCUCCUGUCUCUCAUUUACUUAUAUGAGGAUUUGCAUUCUUUGAUGUGUAAUAAAGUUGUUUUUUUAAUCCAAAAA